AUGUGUGCGUGUUAGCACAGCAGUGUAGCAGCAGAGAGAGAGAGAGAGAGAGAUCAUGAAUACUAGUUUGAGUUCCUUCUUCAUCUCUAUAGCAGUAGUGUUUGGACUCGUAGGAGUUUGCUAUGGAGGGGAGUUGAGAAAAAACUUUUACCAGGAUAGUUGUCCCCUUGCUGAGAACAUCGUGAGGGACAUCAUUUGGAAACAUGUCGCCUGCAAUUCAACUCUGCCUGCCAAGUUUCUGAGGAUGCAUUUUCAUGAUUGUUUCGUUCGGGGUUGUGAUGGCUCUAUACUGCUGGACUCUACAGCGAAUAACAAUGCUGAAAAAGAGGCAAUUCCAAACCAAUCUCUGGCGGGAUUCGAUGUAAUAGAGGAGGUCAAGACCAAUCUAGAGAAUACCUGCCCUGGAGUAGUCUCUUGUGCCGAUAUCGUUGCUUUAGCAGCUAGAGACUCCGUUUCUUUCCAAUUCAAAAGAUCGAUAUGGGAAGUGCUAACUGGUAGAAGGGACGGAACCAUAUCGCGUGCUUCGGAGGCCCAGGCCAACAUUCCGUCACCAUUAUUCAAUUUCACCAGCCUGAAACAAUCUUUUGCCAACAAAAGCCUCACAGUCCAUGAUCUUGUCGUUUUAUCAGGCGGACAUACAAUUGGUGUUGGGCAUUGCAAUUUCUUCAGCAACAGGCUAUACAAUUUCACCGGAAAAGGCGACGCAGAUCCUUCUCUAGACUCAACAUACGCCUCUCUCUUGAAAACGCAAUGUCGGAGCCUCUCAGACAACACAACUACUGUACCAAUGGACCCCCCAAGCCCCCUGUCCUUCGACAACAAUUAUUUCAAAGUCCUAAAGCUAAAUCAAGGCCUUUUCCAAUCUGAUGCCGCGCUUUUGACCAACAAAGGUGCUGCCAAUAUCGUUGAUGAGCUGCUUGAUUCUUAUGAUUUCUUCACAGAGUUUGGUCAAUCGAUGAAGAGGAUGGGAGCCAUUGAUGUGCUUACGGAAAGUUUUGGAGAGAUUAGGAGAAAGUGUAAUGUGGUGAAUUCUGUUCCAUGGCCUCCCAGCUUCGAUCCACUGCUUGCGGCUUCUCAAACGGACCUCUCCACGAUGGAGCGUGUGCCCCACGCGCCGGAGCGUCUCCUCCACGUGCUGCUGUCUAUUUGUGAAGCAGCGGCUCUCCCCCAACUUCCUCCGCCUAGGCCUACUUCCGAUGGUGGUUUGGCUGCCUUCUCUGAUGCACAACUGUAUCAGAUUUGGGUUAUUGUUGGGGUAUCCCACCCCUCUGUUUUCAUUGCUUGUAACCUGCUCUUGUUGAAUGAAAGUGAGAGAAAAGAGAGAGAGAUGAAUUCUAAACUGAUCAAUUCCUUGUUGAUCUCUAUAGCGAUAGUAGUGUUAGGGCUCUUGGGAGCUUGCCAUGGAGCGAAGUUGAGGCAAAAGUAUUAUGAAUAUACUUGUCCUCAUGUCCUUGACAUUGUGAGAGAGGUCACUUGGAAACAUGUUGCACAGGAUUUAACUUUGGCUGCCCCUUUACUGAGGCUGCAUUUUCAUGACUGUUUUGUUAGGGGUUGCGAUGCCUCUGUAUUGCUGGACUCGACCGCAAAUAAUACAGCUGAAAAGGAUGCAAUUCCAAACCUAACCCUUGAUGGGUUCGACAUUAUAGCGGACAUCAAAACCGCAGUAGAAAAGGCAUGCCCUGGAGUCGUCUCUUGUGCUGAUAUCGUGGCCUUAGCUGCUAGAGACUCAGUUUCAUUCCAAUAUAAGAGACCAUUGUGGAAAGUUCUACUUGGAAGAAGAGACGGAACCAUAUCACAUGCAUUUGAAGUCCUUGCCAACCUCCCGCCGCCAACCUUCAAUUUUACUCAACUCAAACAAAGAUUCGCUAGCAAAGGCCUCAACGUUCAUGAUCUUGUAGUUUUAUCAGGUGCACACACUAUUGGCGAGUCGCAUUGCCCUUCAUUCGCCCCCAGACUAUACAAUUUUACGGGAAAAGGUUAUGGUCAGGACCCUUCUCUAAACCCCCGCUAUGCCGCUUACUUGAAAACCAAAUGCAAAAACCUGUCGGACAACACGACCAGCAUUGGAAUGGACCCUGGAAGCUCUUUAUCCUUUGACACUCAUUACUACAAAAUCUUGUUGGAAAACGAAGGUCUUUUUCAAUCAGAUGCUGCGCUUCUAACUGACAAGAAAUCUCUCGAGGAAGUCAAAAGGUUGCUUAUCUCCAGGAUUUUCUUCAAGGAGUUUGCUAAAUCAAUUAGGAGGAUGGGAGCCAUUCAAGUGCUUACAGGAACUGAUCAGGGAGAGAUAAGGAAAAACUGUAGUGUGGUGAAUUCUUGAGAGUCGUUUGGUUUAUUUGCUUGUGCUAUGGUGUUUAUUUUAUGUAUAUUGAUAUGUCUAUUUUCCAUUUUCUUGAAUUAUGAUUGUAAUAUCAUAUAAUCUAGGAAAGAGAUAAGAACAAGAAAGAGAGACAGAGAAUUAAGGUGAUUCGGCUUAUGGUCUACGUUCGCACGUCAAAGCUUUUUCUUGGCUACAUCUUUCUUAGCUUGAUCAUUUGAUUGUCUACAAGAUUCUAUUUAUAGAGAAAGAGUUUAAAAGUUACA